AUGGUCCUUUCCUCACGCACCUGCAUCGUUGUAGCACUUUCGGCUUUGGCGGCAGUCCAAACCCUCGCCCAAACAUGCACUGUACUAGAUGAUGUCGACUUGACUGGCAACGACAUUACUACCACCGACCAAACGGAUUCAGGACAGUGUUGCAGUGACUGCGAAGUCACCCCGGGGUGUAAAGCGUACAACUGGUUCGACGGCGUGUGCUUCCUAAAGUCGGACGAAGGAGAUCACACCCCGUUGAUAGGAGGGAAGUCGGGAGUGCUGCAAUCGAAACCAGCCCCAACGACUUCUGCAUCCCCUACACCAGCCACUACGCCUGCGUCUACAGCCACGCCAACGUCUGUUCCUACCACAGCACCCACCUCUGAUCCUUCCUGUCCCCGCAUUCGAAAGUCCUGGGAUGCACUCACCGCUGCCGAACAAGAUACGUUCAAGUCCGCGAUAGAGAUCGCCGUGGAUCGUGGCCUGUACCAAAAGUUUGUCCUCAUUCACCAAGAGCAAAUGGGCAACCGCGAGGCGCAUGGCACAUGCGUGUUUCUGUUUUGGCAUCGUAAGUACAUCCUCGGGUUUGAAAACAUGCUGCGCAGUCUCGGGGACCAAUACAAGUGCCUCACCCUUCCGUACUGGGACUACGUCCAAAACUACGCGACCAUGCAAAACACUACCCAAGCACAGCGAUGCACCUCGAUUGAAACCUGCGCCCCCGUCGCGACUGGAUUGGGGGGCUCCACGCAAGGCUCACCUUCCAGCGCGUCCUUCUUUGGCCAAACGUUUCCGAGCAACCGCUGCGUCAACCAACGUCCUGUGAACCACAUGUGCACUACCGCUGGCUCUGCUUCUUGUCCGAAAUGCACACCUCGCGGCAACUGGGCUAACACUGCCAUGAUUUCAGACAUGGGGAUUGCCAACAUUCGCCAAAGCGUGCUGGGGGGCUCCGACAUCCUAACCGUGUCGAACAACAUUGAAAACUCCCCCCACAACAUCCUCCACAACACGCUGGGCGGUCCGAUGGCCAACGCCGGGAUCUCCCCCAUGGACCCCAUUUUUUUCUUGCACCACAACACGAUCGACUUGCUGCAUACCAUCUACUACCACUGCAAAGUCGAGCCGCUCAACUUGAACGACUUGGAGCAGCAAAACGACCUCCGGUCGUUCCAGGGCUGCUCCACCAGGAACGGCGAAACCAUCGGGCCGAUGUCCUCCCUUCGCAUGCGACUGGUCGUUUCAGGCCAAGCGAUUGAAGUGGCCAACGACCUGCUCAUUGGGUCAUUCUUCAAGGACUUGCCCACGCAGUACUACAAACUCACGGACGCCCGUCAAUUGGGCUACUCGUUUGAUAUUGUGGGAUUGCUGGGGGACUUGUACACCACAUGCGGAAGCAGUAGAAGCAGUAGACGCAGUAGAAGCUCCACCCGUGGCAUCGAGCGCGUUCGAGGAGUGAGUCAUGCUAACGUGGCCAUUGACCACGUCGUCGAGCCAAUCGUGCUAGCCGAAGCCAAAAACGUGCUGGCGUUCGAAGACGCCGUCCUCGCCCAAGCCGAAAACCAGGGACUGACCACGGACGAAGCGUACUUGGAGUUACAAAAGAUGAACUUGUUGCUGCAGGAGAAUUGCAUGCCGGGGUCCGUCGCGGACUUUACGCCAGAGUUCAAAGCCGAAUGGCACAUCACAGGAUCGUCCAAGUCGUUUGCCCUGUUGCAGGACAUCAAAAGUUGGACCAAUCCCGUCCGCAUCGAGCACUGGCAAGACAUCCUCGCCCAGUACUACCACUGCCGCGGCGAUGUCAAGGAAGUUGCGUAG